GUGACGGCGCUGUGUCCUGAACCUCAACGCAAAGCUAAUAAUCCUUGAAAUCAGAGGUGUGUGUUACACACAUCCUCUCUCUUUCUAUCUCUCUUCCUAAACACACAGAAGGAUGAAAAACCCAGUCAUAGAAGAUGAGGACUGCACUUAAUUUCACUUUUUAAAUCUUUUUUUGUUUUGGUUUCUGCUCGGCUAAUGUGAUGGUAACGUGGCUCAUCAACACCGGGGGGAUUUUCAGGAACUUUUUUUCACGUCGAGUAGCCUACUCCGGAUCUAUAAUAAUUUCAUUAUUUUGAGAUGUCUUCAAAUAGCCAAUGAUAGCCCAACCGAUGUCUUUAAUGUAUAAUAUUUAUAAUAUUUUUUUAAACCUGUAAUUUAAUAACUAAAUUGUGUAUGUGACCGAUAACAUCUCGCAGAUUAAUUCACAAUCGGUUUACUGUGACUAACAUAUGUUAAAAAUGUUACUUAACGUUAGUGUGUAAGUAGUUGUACAGAUGCUCUAAUAUUAUAUCACAUUUAAUAAUUGUAUUUUGUUCUGUAUGUUUUGUUUUACGAGCCUCAAUCCACCGGUCUCGUGUUUCCACCCACCCUCCGUUCGUGAACUUUCUUUUUUGCUGUUUUGCGAAAGUGUUUUAUUAGUCAGUUAUUCUAAGGAAAGUUUCGUUAUUGUGAUGGGAUGCGGAAGGGUGAGGAGAAGAGAGUAAACAUGUUAAGGGUUUAAGAGAAUGGCUCGGUGAUCAUGUCCUCCAUGGAGGUUGUUGUCUCCGGGAUGGGUGACUGGCAGUGGCUCUGCAUGGUCACUCUCUUUCUGGCCUCUGUUGUCACUUUGAUUAUAUACUUGGUGCUGUAUUUUUCCAACGAACCCCCCGUUGGGAAAACACAUCUCGGUCAUGUGGAUUCAGAGGAAGCUGAUGGGAUUUUAUGCUGGGUGCUGUCUCUGAAAAGCUGGAAGAGUCAGUGGAGAAAAGCCUGGUUAAGGGGCCUUAAUGAGGAAGCUCGUAGAUCACAGAGCGGGAUUCAGCUGACCUUUGAAGAUGAUGGUGUCCAGUCAUCAGAACUGGUCGUGGACCAGAUUUCAAGCUUUAUAAAAACACCCGGUCAAAAGGAUGUCCUGUGUCAGGUGGUUGGGAACAGACUGCAGUUUUCUGUCAGUGCUUUACCGAGCUCAGCAUCUUCAGAAACACCCCUGAGAUACAGUGUGAAAAUAUCUCCACUUCGCCUGCAGCUGGCCCUACAGAUGAAAGAGGUGAACAGGGAGGUGGAGAUUUCCUGGAGGGUGCUUGACCUGGACUCUGUAGAUUUGCAGCUGACGCCAGGUUUUGCGCAGGGAGAUUAUGAGAGUCUAAGUGAAGCGGCUGUGAGCGACAGGCUCAGGCAGGUCUUGAAUGGAGCUGAAGCAUUAGUAACGCUGAGCAGCCGACCUGCAGAGUCUGCAGAAGUCCAGGAAGUAAGGAACAAGACCUUGGAGGUGACCUCACCCCCAAAGCCCCCGCGAGCGCACGAAUGGAAACUAUUAGUGAAGAACAUCCGGGUCACAUGUAAACAGGAGAAUGGUGCUGCAGGCGGCAUGAAUCCCCAGUGUAUCCUCCGGUUGGAUGAUCCUCCUCAGAAGGUCACCAGUUCAGUCUUGACUAACACAUCCAACCUGGCCUGGGAUCAGCCCUUCAUAUUUGAGCUUAGCGGCCGAUCAAAGGAGCUGAACAUCCAGGUCGUGGAUAACGGCAAACCUCAGGAGAGUGGUUUGUUAGGUCAGGUAUCUGUGCCUUUUAAUCUAGUGAAGAAACACCCCAAAGGUCAACAGACUUUUUCACUCAUGAACAAUGAUCAUGUGACUGGAUCACUAACUACUGAGUUCACCUACCUGGAGCCCAGCGAGGUGCGGAGCUGGCAGACGCCCACGCCGGCCCCUACUAAGAGAGUGGAGAUGGACCGCACUGUGAUGCCCUGUGGCACCGUUGUCACCACUGUCACUGCUGUGAGGAGUAAACCAGGACGACCUUUGCAACCUGAAUCCAAAUCACCCUCUCGAAAUAAGCUGGUGGAGAGAAGGGUGUCAGAGCAGCGGUCAAUACUCGGAGCCAAAGUUAGCAAAGCCCUGUCAUCAUCGGAUACAGAGUUAUUGAUGCUAAAUGGGACCGACCCUGUAGCCGAGGCUGCCAUUAGACAGCUCCAUGAGUCGGCAAAACAGAAGCUCAAAUCUCCUGUCAAAAAGAGCACCAUCAUCAUCUCAGGAGUAACCAAGGCCCCUCUAACACAGGAUGAGGAGAUGACUUUGAUGGCAGGAUAUGCGGCUGCGAUGGACGCUUCUAUGUCCGGAGCAUCUGACGGCACCAGCAGCGAAUCAGCAGCAUUACCCUCGGAAACAGUGGCAGAACCCAGCUGUCUCGAACCCAUUGAGUCUCUGGUGGGUGCGAAUGGCACAGAUCAUGUGGAGGACUGGGAGAGUCAGGCUGGAGAGGACCCAGACGCGGAUAAGUCCUCUCUGUCCCUCUGUACCUCUGAAACGGGUUCCAAAAAAGGAAAAGGCAGCUUCCUGCACAAGAGUGCCAAGCUAUUCUUCAGACGGCGACACCAGCGAAAGGAGCCAGGGAUGAGCCAGUCCCACAAUGAUCUGCAGUACUUAGAGCAUCCCGAGGCGGCCAUGAUGGGCGACAGGGAAAAGAGGACGGCCACCUUCAGGCGCAUUAUCAACCACAAGCUUCUGCCCAAGAGCAAGAGCAAAGCCAAUGGCACAGCGAGAGAACCGCCCACGUGAACUCUAUUGCUUUAGAGAAGGCCCUCAUCGAGACUAAUUUUUGCACCUCUUCAUUUUUUUUUUACUUUUUAUUUCUAACGUCCUCUUUCACAUUCAUUCUCAACUCUUAUGCAAGUCAUUUCUUGUUUCUUGGCUGUAUUUGCCAAAAACCUCUGCGUUGCAACAAUCACCGUUUCAUCAACUCCCUCUCAACACAUCAUGCACAUUCUCAGAAGUGUCUAAUUUCGUUGGUUGGUAUCUACUUUCUGAAGUCUGUCUUCAUGGCACUAGUUUGAUCUCUUCAUCCAUGUAAAUGGUCAUCAGAGGCUUGACACUUUCUUUUUCUCCUUGUGAAAUGUGUGUUUAUGCAAGAACGUUUACAGAGCAGCAUCCAAAUGAGCACUGGCUCUCUUCGUCGCUCCAAAUGACUCAAAAGAAUCGUUUAACCUUAUGCAAACAGUGAUCAUCAUGCAAAAGAUGCUGUGUGUUUGUGGCCUUUUAACCAAAGUGGGAUUUGAUAACCUUUUCUUGCUAUUUACCUAAGCUUUAUCCCUCUGGUGACAUGAUGGAACCUGGACUAUCUGACUAAGGGAAAACCAUCAGUUUGAUUUGCACUUUUUUUUAUGCUCAGAACUCAUUCCAAAUGGAUUUGCAGUGAAUUCUGGGGGGUUUGGUUGUGAACAUGCUCUGGAUUUGUUCAAAAUCAUGUGAAAGAUCUCUGCCUUUAUGUGAAUUGAAUAUAGGAGUUUUUAUUUUGUUAGGGAUACUAACCUGCAGUUUAAGUCUAAUUGUCUCUGGGAAUAGUGAGUUUUAUCGUCCCAAAUUUGUUAAGUGAAACAUUUAACAGAGCAUAACAUUUAAAAUGUUCUGGGUUGGCACUGAUAUGUUUGCUUUAUGACUGGUUUGGUUUUCUGUUCAUCUUUUAACUUCUGAUUCUUAAGCAGAGGUGGGAAAAUAUCAACAAAAUAGAUAAUAAGGGUUAUUUUAUUUAAAAAAAUUUCUUUGUAAGCAUACAUUAUCAAUAUUCUGUAUAAUUGAUUUUUCCUUUCUUUUUUUCGUCAUUCCACAAUGCCACACAAGUUGUGAUGUGUGUGUGAAUUGUACCAAAGGUUUUUAACACUAAGCAAGGGCAUUUUCCCGUUUGAGAAAGACCCGAAUGUAAGCGCUCUGGCCUCUUGAAUUUAGCUAUUCAAUAUGUUCACAAUUCAUCAGUUAUUUUCCCAAGAGUGGUGUUUUCUUUGAUUUUUAAAUCUUAAGCCACCUGAAAUGUUGGUUGUGAAUGCCGGCCACCAGUUUGCAUUCUGGGACUGCAGUGGAUUUAUGGUGAGGGGAUUCAAUAACAGGCUCCAUUUGACAUUUACUUGAACUCAAACUGCAUAUAUAGAAGAAACCUGAAUGCCUGUCCAUAGUGAAUGUUGCCAGAAGGAAACUUCAGCAGUCUGGCUGUUAACUCUGAAUUUUGGGAGGACUACUGUUCUGUGAGCUAUUUCGUUUUUUUUUUUUUUUUUUUUUUUUUUCAUUUUGUCUGUUGUGUGUUGCCAUUUACAGGCUGUUAACACUUCAUAUGGUGGUAUAUCUUAACAGUCAUAAAAUUAAACAAAGGUCAUUUUUAUUGAAACUGGAGGCAAAUGAAGAUUUUAUUUUUUGUCAUGCUUGCUUGGCUGUCCAGAGGCGAACUCCUUGUUAACUUAACUCUUUCUGUUGGAUUAUGGUUGGACUCCUUAACCAGAAUAUCUAUUGUGAAUGAUAAUUGUAUCCAUGAGAACCUGUUUAUCACCAAAACACAUUUACCUGCAAUAUUAUCACACAUCUGCAUGGCCUGUGCAGUAAGAACUCAUAAAGCUGUUGCGUUUGUAGUCCUAAAACCCUCUGGAAAUCUCUGUCAGCUUUUAAGAAUGGUGAUUUGUGAUAUUAAAUAAAGUCUACCAUUACUUGAAGAGACUUGUUUUGCUCUAUAACAUAAAUUGUUGAAUAAGGACUGCAGCUAUCACAAGUAUGCUAGUUUAUGAAACCCUGUUAAAUCAAUAAAUCUUUAAAUUUCACAUUUGAUGUAUGAGUUUGUGUAAUGUGAGUUGCUUAAUGCAAAAGUCUUUUCAAGUAAUGCUAAACAGAGCUUUUGUUACUUUUCAAAUCCAAUGGUUGAUUUUGCUUUCUGGUUAUCCUACAAAAUGACAUUAUAACUGAACAGCUGUUAUAAAAAGUGACAACGACCCUGCAUAAUGAAUGUAAGGCUGUGCUAAUGUUAUGUUCAUUAACAUAUCGAUUGGUUUUAGCAGUAAAUACUGACUGGAAAAUCGA